GCCUUGCUUAGCUGGCAGUGGUUCUAUGCCAGUGGCCAAAACCAACCACAAAAACCCCUUUCAUGCCUUCAUUUCUCCAAACCCUUCCAUCAACAAAACAAAACCACCAUGAAACUGAAAUUGAAAUCUACAACUUUUUGAAUUCAAAACUGAAAACCCUCUCAAGCUUGAUUCAAUGGUGUCUCUUGAAGAAACCCGUCGUUCUAAUUCCUCCAUAACUCGACCUUACCCUUACUAUACACCACCUUUAUCUUCUUCUUCACCUUCCAGGAGCAAACAUAUGGGUCGCUCCAUGAGAACCAUUCGUUCAAAUUUCCACCAAUCCGAUUACAGCAACGCGUGUUCCUUCACAUCCACCGAAACCCACUUUAACGAUGAAAACCUUACUGAUUCUGUUAUCGAUGUUCAUUUGCAGGAGCUCGCUACAGCUACCUGUGGGAGCAACCGUAAGCCGUUGAAAUCAGCGUCUUCCACGAUGUCCUCUGACGAUUUUUUAGAAAUUUCUCAAGCCUUCAGUGAUUUCUCGGCUUACAGUAGUGAUAUAUCGGGAGAAUUACAACGGUUGGCCACUUUCCCGGAGGAAUCGAGAGAGAAUGAUGAGAAUCGGGAGCUGCAACCGGAGCCGGAGCCUUGUGAAGGGUUUCUGCAACGGGAGAAUUUCUCAACGGAGAUAAUUGAGAGCAUUUCGCCUGAGGAUUUACAGCCGACUGUUAAGAUCUGUGUUGAUAGUCUCAGGUCGAGUUCCGUUGCCGUGAAGAGGUCGGCGGCAGCGAAGCUGAGACUGCUAGCGAAGAACCGAUCAGAUAAUCGAGCGUUAAUCGGAGAGUCCGGCGCCAUUCCGGCGUUGAUUCCACUUCUCCGGUGUACCGAUCCUUGGACUCAAGAGCACGCCGUUACUGCGCUACUUAAUCUAUCUCUCCUCGACGAUAACAAACCACUGAUUGCCAACACCGAAGCAGUAAAAUCCCUAAUUUAUGUUGUAAAAACCGGGACGGAAGUUUCAAAGCAAAACGCUGCCUGUGCGUUGUUAAGUUUAGCUUUGGUCGACGAAAACAAGGCGUCAAUCGGAGCUUGCGGAGCUAUUCCUCCAUUGGUAUCUCUCCUAAUCAAUGGUUCUAAUCGAGGGAAGAAAGACGCGUUAACCACUCUGUAUAAGCUCUGCUCGAUGAAGGCGAACAAGAAGAGAGCAGUAUCUGCUGGGGUGGUGAAGCCUUUGGUGGAGCUGGUUGCCGGGGAAACGGGUGUCGGAAUGGCAGAGAAAGCGAUGGUGGUGUUGAGUAGCUUGGCGGCGAUAGAGGAAGGGAAGACCGCGAUCGUGGAAGAAGGUGGGAUUACGGCGUUGGUGGAGGUGAUUGAGGAUGGUACAUCGGUGAAAGGGAAAGAAUUCGCGGUGGUGACAUUGUUGCAGGUGUGUGAAGAAGGUGUUUAUAGCGGCAGAAACAGAGGGUUGUUGGUCGGAGAAGGUGCAAUUCCGCCGCUUGUUGCUCUUUCACAGACGUCAACCGCCAGAACUAAACACAAGGCUGAAAGAUUACUUGGGUACCUGAGAGAACAAAGGCAAGAAGGUUCUUCCACUCCAAUAUGAACAGUUUGGUUGGCUGUAUAUAAAUAUAUUAUAUUAUUAUAGGAAAUGGAUUUUGUAGAGUGGAAUAAAAUAUUAUUGGGUUUGAUUUUUUAAUAUUAUAUAUAUUUUUAAAA